GCCCCCCUCGCCUUCCCGCCCGCCCCUAUUGUUCCGCCCCCGGCCUCCCGCCCUUCCCCUUCCCGCCCUCCCCUUUUCCCCUCAGUCGCCUCGCGCCUGCAGUUUUUGGCUUUCACCCCCACCAGUGACCAAAGACUUGACCACUCAAAGUCCAGCUCCCCACUACACUGCUCGACAUGGACACCGGUGUGAUUGAAGGUGGAUUAAAUGUCACUCUCACCAUCCGGCUACUUAUGCAUGGAAAGGAAGUUGGCAGUAUCAUCGGAAAGAAAGGAGAAUCAGUUAAGAAGAUGCGUGAGGAGAGUGGUGCACGUAUCAACAUCUCAGAAGGGAAUUGUCCUGAGAGAAUUAUCACUUUGGCUGGACCCACUAACGCCAUCUUCAAAGCCUUUGCUAUGAUCAUUGACAAACUGGAAGAGGACAUCAGCAGCUCUAUGACCAAUAGCACAGCUGCCAGUAGACCCCCAGUUACCCUGAGGCUGGUGGUCCCUGCUAGUCAGUGUGGCUCUCUCAUUGGGAAAGGUGGUUGCAAGAUCAAGGAAAUACGAGAGGUUGGUAACUUUUGUGGUCUUCAAAAUGUUUAUUCUAAAUGUGGCUUUCUCAAUAUUGAGUGUGUGAAACAGAUCUGCGUGGUCAUGUUGGAGUCCCCCCCGAAGGGCGUGACCAUCCCGUACCGGCCCAAGCCGUCCAGUUCUCCAGUCAUCUUUGCAGGUGGUCAGGACAGGUACAGCACAGGCAGCGACAGUGCGAGCUUUCCCCACACCACCCCGUCCAUGUGCCUCAACCCUGACCUGGAGGGACCACCUCUAGAGGCCUAUACCAUUCAAGGACAGUAUGCCAUUCCACAGCCAGAUUUGACCAAGCUGCACCAGUUGGCAAUGCAACAGUCUCAUUUUCCCAUGACGCAUGGCAACACCGGAUUCAGUGGCAUUGAAUCCAGCUCUCCAGAGGUGAAAGGCUAUUGGGCAGGUUUGGAUGCAUCUGCUCAGACUACUUCUCAUGAACUCACCAUUCCAAAUGAUUUGAUUGGCUGCAUAAUCGGGCGUCAAGGCGCCAAAAUCAAUGAGAUCCGUCAGAUGUCUGGGGCGCAGAUCAAAAUUGCGAACCCAGUGGAAGGAUCUACUGAUAGGCAGGUUACCAUCACUGGAUCUGCUGCCAGCAUUAGCCUGGCUCAAUAUCUAAUCAAUGUCAGGCUUUCCUCGGAGACGGGUGGCAUGGGGAGCAGCUAGAACGAUGCAGAUUGAUCCAUAAUCCCUUUCUGCUGUUCACCACCACCCAUGACCCAUCUGUGUAGUUUCUGAACAGUCAGCGAUUCCAGGUUUUAAAUAGUUUGUAAAUUUUCAGUUUCUACACACUUUAUCAUCCACUCGUGAUUUUUUAAUUAAAGCGUUUUAAUUCCUUUCUCUGUUCAGCUGUUAAUGCUGAGAUCCAUAUUUAGUUUUAUAAGCUUCUCCCCCCCCUUUUUUUUGGCUCAUGAAUUUUUUUUCUGUUUGUCAUGGAACUGUAAGAGUGGAAUAUUAAUACAUUUCAGUUUAGUUCUGUAAUGUCAGGAAUUUUUCAAAAAAAUUAAAAGAUGGACUGGAGCUUUUUCUUUGUGAAUAGAAACUGGAUGCCACAGUGAUUCAUGUGGGUUUU